CGUUUCAUCAAUACACCCAUUAAUAUGAUACUCUCAGGAACAUACAUGUUUCCUCUCUAUGGGAUUCACUACUUUGCUACGCACCCUUCACUAUGGGCGUUUUACGUUACCGUGAUAAUCCCGCAAUUGGUGUUCAUUUUUCUCAUCUAUACAUUGACUUAUGUAAUGCUUUAUCCAAUUCAAGCGUUUUUUGCAGUCAUAUUUUCGGGUCCAGCUGGACUCAUCACUGUAUGGUUUACAGUCUUACAACAAGCAGGAUUUAUUUCCACCUUUUUAUGUGCAACACUUCUAAUGCCCGAAAUUCAGAAAGUUGCAUUCGAUGCUGUUUUGAGUAGAGAAUGUCAAGAUGAUGUUGUACUUCUUGGGAAACUACGCAGAAUAGUCAAAGUUCCAUUUUUAAUUAAGUUUGGACAUACAGUAUUGGCUGUCCCUCUGAUGAUUAUACUUCCAUUUAUUAUUUUUAGAGGAUUUAUCUUCAUAUUGAUCGGAUCCAUUCCAAUACUUGGUCCUUUCAUUGUGAGUAUUAUUCAAGCCCCCACGAAGGGGCUACAAUCACAUUCUAGAUAUUUCGUACUUAAGGGAUUUGAUGAUAGGCAAAUCAAAGCACUCUAUAGAGAAAACACAGGCCAAUAUAUGGGUUUUGGAUUGGUUGCAAAUAUUCUUGAAUCAAUCCCAUUUUUAAAUAUUUUCUUUAUGUUCACCAAUACAAUCGGAGCAGCACUUUGGGCAGUGUCAAUCGAGAAAAAUUUGAAAAAGAAGAGUGGAAAGAUUAUUCUUAACCAAGAAUAG